AUGGGGGACUUAACUUAUAAGGAGCAAUUGUUGAAUUUUGCAUCAUCGGAUAAACCCCUUCCGGUGGACAAGACUAUACUUGCCAAGUACAUUUUCCACAGCAAGUACACCAAUGCAAAGUUCAGAGAAGUAAAAGAUGAGUGCCUAGGGUUGCGGCAUACAUACAUCAAUAAGACCUCAACGCUUGGUUCAACCACCUUUUACAAAGCUGAUGAGAAGAUUCCGACCCCCAUAGCUAGGAAGAGGUGGAAGAGUUACACGCUGACAAUUUACAAAGAAAAAGGUGAUUUCUCAUGCUCAUGUAAGUUGUUUGAAUUUAGGGGAAUAUUGUGUAAGCAUAUCAUUCGAAUAAUAGAGUUAGAGGAUAUUGCUCAAAUCCCAGAGAAAUAUAUUUUAAAUUGCUGGAGGAAGGAUGUUGUGAGGCGAUACGAGGGCAUUCAUGUAGCAUACUAUGACCUCGACUCUAAUCGAGUUCAAAAGGAAGUGACAGAUAAGAUUAGAAUUGAGUUGGAGGAUUCAAUGGGUAUUGAGCAUAAAGAUAAUGAUGCACAGUGCUGGUGGGAUGAAUCUUCAUGCAAAGUAUUUGGCCGUCGAAGGGUACGUCCAAGGGAACAAAACAAAAGGCACUUAAAAAAAAGUGUAGUACCCGUUGAAGAUGGCACAAAGGACCCUGUUGAUAAGAGAAAAGCUGGAAGGGGUAAAAAUACCCGAAUCCCUAACCCAGCAGAGAAAGGAAAGUUGAAGAAAAAGUUUAAAUAUACUCCAGAAGAAAUUGCUCAUAACGAGGAAAUAAUAAGAAACUCAUUUGGGACAUUAAAUGGGAGGUGGCAUGGAACGGCUCCAUACAGCAACAUCAGUGGAAUCCCUAACGUUGGUGGAAUUAGCAACAACACCAACAUAGUGGCAAGAGAAGGUAGUUCGUCCAUUAUCAGAGACAGCAACGCAAUGUCGUAUGGAUCACAACCAACAAUGAAUAUUGACCAGUCUGAGCAGUCUGGAUACAAUCCAGAGUUUUCGGUUCCUAUUAAUGAGAGGGAUCCAUAUUGGUUACGUAGUACUCAACAAUAG